CACAUAUAAGCAUAUCUCUGGAUGUCACUGACAAUAUAAUUCGUCACUCGCCAUGGAUGGUUAUUAUAUUGUGUCUGUUUUGGUUUCGCUGGCGUUCUAUGGACAAUGCAGUGGUCAGCGAUGUCCAACAGACUGGAUGGACGGUCCGUUGAAAACAAACUGUUACUAUUUCGGAGUGGGCGUGCCCAGGAAAACAUGGUUUGCUGCUCGGGAUCACUGCCAGUCAUUUCAGGCUGACCUUGCCAAAAUUGAUGACGUCCUAGAAAAGAAUUGGCUGCUUGAGAAAAUCAAACAGUUGUCAAGUACGUACCCCGGGGAACAGGAGUUCUGGCUCGGGCUCACAAACACGGGGGAAAACGAAACAAUCUGGAGCUGGCCCGACGGAUCGGCCCUCCCCGACAAUCUCCUGCGGUGGGGAUCAGGGGAGCCAAGCGAUCCAGUCACAGAGAGGUGUGCCGAGAUCUGGGAUAACCUGCUCAACGACAAAUCAUGUCUGACGCCAAUUGAGUAUGUCUGCGAGCGAUCCAAAUUAAUUCCCCUGACCUGUGACGUGGAUGAUGGGUGGCAGUACUACUCUGGGUCCUGUUAUAAAUAUAUACCAGCAUUCAGACCAUACAAUCAGGCAAGACAAUCCUGUCUGGAUAUGGAUGCCAAUUUAGCAACAGUUACGAAUGACGACGAACAGAAUGCGGUCAACCACAUGGCUACCAUGGUAACAAGUGCACAAAACGCAUGGAUUGGUCUACAUAUGAUUAAAAACACAUGGGUUCUGACGAACAACACCAAACUGUCACCAGCGUCCAUGCAGUACUGGCAAAGACCGCCUAACUUUGGAACGGACAGCGCCCCCUGUGUCGCAGUGAACGCUACAGCGAAGGGGACAAACACGUGGUAUGCCGAGAGCUGUGACCAGGGCAUGUCAUAUAUUUGUCGGAAACCGGAAGGUAUUUGCCCUAGUGGGUUUGAUCAACACCAGUCAAGGUGUUACUUACCUGUUUUCAAUCCGGAUACUUGGUAUAGCGCUAGCGCCUACUGUGACCGACUGGUCAGCGGGGGACGACUUCUGGACAUUAGGAGUUCAACUGAGAGCUCGUUUCUGGUCAGCUAUUUGAGGCAGCAAAAGAAACGUGGUAUGGACAGAAUAUGGACUGGUCUCUCGCGUCGAAACGUUCAGUCACUUCAGUCCGAUCAACCAAUGUGGACUUGGACCCAGAACGAGCCAGACCAACUGACCUAUUUUAACUGGGCAUCCGGAGCCUCUAGUAGGACUUCUUCGGCAGAUCGCACCUGUGUGUUCAUAUACGCAGAUGACAGUAAUGGUAAAUGGAGGUCGGAUUUAGACUGCGGCGAAAGGAUUCCUUUUGUAUGUGUGACAAGUGUCGGUACAUCUCAGCUUACCACUACUACCACGACUACCACAACUACCACUACCACUACCACGCCUAGACCAACAGCUUCAAUACAGACCCCAAGACCAGUAUCAACAACGAGAACAAUACCAACGACAACUUCAACAACAAUGGCACCCACGACUUUACCUACAGACCCACCAGUGACUUGGAGUGCAAAGUGUGGUCCUUUUUAUGAAGAAGCUCAUUAUUCCGGAUUAUGUUAUCAAUUUAACGACGAGAAACGGACUUGGAUGGAAGCUGAAAAUCACUGCAAGGCUGCUGGGGGCCAUCUGGUCAGCAUUCAGGGAACUCAUGAGCAGUUCUACAUAGGAGGAAGAAUCAGGUCAAUGAGAUCGAGCAACCUCUGGAUUAGUGCCAAUAGUCGGAGUGACCAGGGAGGCUGGGAGUGGGCAGACGGAUCACCGUUCCGUUUUGUCAACUGGGAGCCCGGUCAGCCGGACAGCAGUGAUAGCACCGAGGAGUGUGUCAGUCUGAUCGUUAGGACAUCGAGAUGGGCAGACAACUCGUGCAACGACAGAAACGGAUUUAUCUGCAAGAAACAAGGUGCUACUCCCACUACAGUCCUGCCGAAAAGCCCGACCAUGGGGCCGAAACCUGGCGAUGACCAAUACUUUGGAUGUCCGGAUGGUUGGAAAUCCUAUCAAAAGUCUUGCUUUAUGGUUAAACGAACGCGAAAGCAAUGGUGGGAUGCACAGAAAGACUGUCGUCUCAUGGGCGGGGAUCUUGCAACUAUUGACAACGAGGAUGAGCAGAAUUUCCUUGUUAGCCAGCUACCAAAAUCUCAUUGCUAUAACAUGUAUCACGAUGAUAAACAAUGUGACCAGUGGGCGGAUUUAGGGGAGUGUACAGCAAACCCGAGAUGGAUGGCUACACACUGCCAUCUGGCGUGUAAAAUCUGUAUACAGGAUUGCAAAGACAUUUACAAUACCAUAGAGUGUGCACGUUGGGCAAAAAUAGGCGAGUGUGACAUUAAUCAUGAUUGGAUGAUGAGCCAGUGUCCACUGUCCUGUGGUAUUUGUGAUAGUGUUGUAUACGGGGGAUUCUGGAUCGGUCUAAAUGACAGAUCAGAUCACAUGACGUUUCGGUGGAGUGACUGGAGUCCUGUAAAAUACACUUCCUGGGCAGAGAAGGAACCCAACAACUAUGGAACAAGGCGUGAAGAAUGUGUAGCUAUGUACCUUAAGGAUGGAAAGUGGAACGAUGCUCAGUGCGAAAAUGCGCUACCAGGUUAUAUAUGCCGUAAGCCUAAAACACUCCUGCCGAAGACUACACCAUCACCUCUUGGAGUUGGCUGCAUAAACGAAAGUAUCGGAUACAGUGCAUAUUGUUACUUAAUGGGUAACGAUAAACUGUCGUGGAGUGAUGCAGAAGAAACGUGUCAACAGGAUGGGGGUCAUCUUGCUACUGUGAACGAUAGGUACGUCCAGUCAUUCAUUGCCAGUCAGAUCGUCGACAUGACGGGCCCCUUUUGGAUUGGAUUGUCGGACCAGGAUAACCCAGGCACAUUCGUGUCUUGGAACAGUGGCUCCCAAUUGUCGUUCACGCACUGGGGGAACGCUCAUACAGGUGACGAAGACGCAGCAUGCGUUGCUAUGACGACGAAACAUCCGGUUGGUAUGUGGUUGAAGUCAAACUGUUCUGAGGAAAGCCCGUUUAUAUGUGAAUAUCCAAGAACUGGCUUCACAACGACCACUUCAACCACUGUCAGCACGACCACUGUUCAACCACCGACGUGUGCGGAAGGCUGGAACAACUUCACAGAAAACUGUUACAAGAUUUUUACCGGAAGCGACAAGUUGCCUUGGCUAAAAGCACGUUCCAAGUGUAGACAAUAUGGCGGUGAUUUACUGAGUGUGCACGGACUCAGUGAGGAGGAUUUCAUUUUCGGAACUUUGAUGACACGAUGGAUGUCCGUUUGGAGUGGCCUGAACGACAGAGAUUUUGAACGCGGGUUUUCAUGGUCCGACGGAACACCUUUUGAUUACACUAACUGGUACAUCGGUGAGCCCAACGACGCCAUGCACCAGGAGGACUGUGUAGAAAUGCCCGGAUGGUCUCGCCAGUGGAAUGACAAUAACUGCUACCUAGCAAAAGAUUUCAUCUGUAAAAUAAAGAAAGGUUUCCCUGUGAUCGAUGUCGACAACCACACUGACAUAUAUACGACAGAGACGUGCGGUAAGGACAAUGAUUGGUUCUUUCACAAUGGGUUCUGUUACCACCACCGUAUGCAGGCUAGCGAGCCAGUAACAUGGUACGAGGCCAGGAACAACUGCAUGUCCAACAACAGUUAUCUCGUCAGCAUCCACUCAGAGGACGAGACCAACUUUCUGGUAUCAAUGAUCUCACUGGCAUCUGAAAUAGGUUUACAGUGGAUUGGCUUGAAUGAACUGCAACUUGAGGGAUACAAAUGGACAGACGGUACGCCUUUGGAGUAUAUACACUGGAAUCCUAAUGAACCAAGCGACAACAAUGGCGGGGAGCGAUGUGUUGGCAUUAAUGAUGGACGAUGGAUGGAUGUUAAUUGCAAUCAAAAGUUAAGUGGAUACGUCUGUAAGAGGCCUAACAACACUGCCGCCAUUGCUACUCCCCGUCCUUCGCAUCCGCCUUUCCCUGGGGCGGGAUGUCCUCCGGGGUUCAUUUUAUCGGAUAUCAAUGAUAAAUGUUAUUACAUCUCAACAUCUGACGACGGGAUACAUCAUUACGAACAGGCAAAAGCGAAAUGCGCAGAAAAAUAUCCUGGAACACAACUGACAAGUAUUAAUAGCGCUAAGGAACAGGCUUUCCUAUUGGGUCAUCUGGGGAGGAGGGAAAACAGGGGAUCAAAAUACUAUAUUGGAUUUUCUGAUCUUCUUCGUUAUGAUGGAGAGUAUGCAUGGGAUGAUAAUACCCGAGUGACCUAUACCAACUGGGAUCUAGGGGAACCGAACACUGCAAAUGAAAAUUGCGUUGAAAUAAUUAACGACGGAGAUAAGGCGGGGUUUUGGAAUGACAUUCCUUGCUGGAAGCAACUGAGGUUUAUUUGUCAGACAAAACAAUCAAUCCAUUUCCCGACACCCCCUGCUGUUCUUCACGAUGGGUGCCCCCAUGGAUACACAUGGUCAUUCGGCAGCUGCUACAAGCUAGAUCUUUCCCCUAUGACAUGGGAUUUGGCACGAACAACUUGCAAAAUCGACUCGGCUGACUUGGUUUCUUCGGGCAGUGUGUAUGAACAGGCUUUCAUAGAAGUGUUCACGAACAAGCUGAAAUCGACACCCUUCUGGAUUGGUCUGAAAAAGAGCGAGGUAUCUGAAGAUAUGGUGUGGUCGGAUGGAUGGCCGUUGGUAUUUACUAAAUGGGCAGAUGGGCAACCGAGCCUAGAACCACAGAAGAAAUGUACAGUAUCACAAAACAGCCACUGGAAGAUUUCACCAUGUGAUUUAAAAAUGCCAUUCUUAUGUGAAAAAAGCCUUGUUUUGCCUCCCACAACGCCACUUCCUGGAAUUUGCCCUACUGAUGCAAUGCAUUUACAUAUGCAUAUGUGCUACUUGGUUGACCUGGAAACUCCGUUGUCAUGGAUGUUAGCCAGAGAUGCGUGUGUGGAGAAAGGAAUGAAUCUGGUUAGUUUUGAAAACCUUGAUGAGCUGAAUUACGUAAGGAGUCUGGUAGCAGAACAGUCUUCAGGGCCUGGUCAAAACACAUGGAUAGGGUAUAGCAGAUUACCAGUAGACGGAAAGCGACGACGAAGAGAAUCUGAAUACUAUGGGUAUGAUGACUUCGACCACCUUCAAAAUGAGUAUGAUUCCAUUGAAGACCUCCAAAGUCCAGAUCAAGGAGUUGAGUUUCGUUGGGAGGACGGGACACCUAAGGGAUUCGAGAACUGGAAUGAUAAUGAACCUUCGUCAGCCUGGAAUAACCAAGACGAGCAGUGCGUUGAAAUGUACACGUCUGGAAGAUGGAAUGACCUCAACUGUAAGACACACAAUCGGGCUUAUGUCUGUAAAGGCCCCUCACAAAUACUGACGACACCAGCACAGCCAGAAACACGGGAAACAACAACAGAAGAACCAGAGACGACGGAAAGUGUAAUGGGGUACACUGAACAAUCACGGAAAAGCUCAACGGAAGUAUCAACUUCUUCUGAAAAUAACCCGAUGCAUCACAUUCCUAGGAGAACACAUCCGCUACCGCAUAAAGAAACCAAAACUGGUCUGUCAGCAGGAGAAAUAAUCGGCAUUGUAAUUGGAAUUAUCGGUUUAAUACUGAUUGGCGUAGCCGCUUACUUCACCACUAAACAGCUGAUGAGCGCCAGUUAUAAUACGAAAGGCUGGGCUUUUACCAACGCCCUCUAUCGGCGGUCGGCGGACAGUGUGUCAAUGACGGACGAUAACUCUCCCUCGGGAUCAACAAUCAAACUAUGCACGCUAAAGAAAUGAUGAGAAAUAUUCGCAUCAAAAACAUUAAGUAUGCUAAGACAUUGUAUAACGUGAUUAUGUUUAAUGUGACGUAACAUUGCAUUCUGCGAGGUAAUUGUGAGUAUUGAUUUGAAGUAUUUCUUGAAUUAAAAAUAUAAGUACAUUCAGAAAAAUCCCAGCGCAUUGUGAAAGUCCGUAAAAUAGAUUACAAGAAAAAGUAGUUUUGCUUCCUUAAUUCGCGGUAGCAAUGUUCUUCUUUGAUUCUGUCUGGCCGUGUCCCACAUCAGUCAACUUUACCAUUCUUAAAAUUGCUCACCUACCUGAAAACAGUUUUCAAUGUGACGACAGAGUGCCUUUUAUGAUGCAUAACUCUGCAUGUAUCGUAUCUGUUUAAGCGGUGUCUUUAAAUCACACUGCUUUAUUGUAGGAGCGUAUUCCAGAUUUAGCCUCAUUUAAACAAUGAAUGGUAGCCAUUAGUAACAAUUUAAUACCAUUCAAUAGUGAUUAAAUUGUUCAAGUUUUGUCAGAUAAUGCCGAAAUUUUGCACGUGCAUUGUUCUUUUAAUACAUUUGCCAAGGCGCAAAACUAGUUGAUUGUCCGUUCGUAUUGGUGUGAUUGCAAAAUUUAUUGAAUGAACCUCGUAACACUGUUGAUUUGUAAAACUCAGUCAGUACGACUAGAAGGUAAAAUAUGCCCACUGUUAGCAAAACAUGUUUAGUCUACAAAAGUUCUGAUCCCAAAAUGACAAGAACAUAGAACAUUUCUCUAUCUAUGAAGGCCACCCAUGCAGUUUUCACAGACAAGCCGUGUCAUUGUAUAAUGUUCAUAAUUAGGAAGAACAUGUUUUAAAUAGUACCCACUAGCUAAUGAUGUAUGUUUAUUACAUCUUUAAUAUUAGGUAAUAUUCUAAAAGAUGUAAGAAGAAUGACGAAUAAAAGGAAAGUUAAAACAAAACAAAUACAAUUGAGGUGAAUAAGGUUGUAGUAAGACUAUACUCAUUUUCGAAAUAUUACUAUUGAAUAUCGAAUACUCCUGGCAGUGUAUUGCAUGCAAUUCACCCUUAUACAGUGGAUAUAUUUCUUGAUCAUUUGAUAAUGUGGUUGUACAAAAUGUAUUACUAGUUCUUUAAACCCACCUAUUCAGAUGCUGUAAAUUUGUGCUUUUUGUGUGUGAAUGUAAGUGAAAGUGUUGGGAAAACACGCCGAUUUAAAAAAAAAUAAACAACAGAAAUGUA